AUGGUUCCUUCUGCCAUCGUAUUAGUGUUCCUGCAGUGCUCCUGCUCGGCGGCUGGAUUGGUUACUUGUUCUGAAAUUGUGUCGGUGGCAUACCGCAGCGAUAAGAUCUCAAUAACUGAUUUUGGUGCUGUCAGAGAUGGUAGAAUGCUGAAUUCAAAAGCGUUUAGGGAGGCGAUUUACCAGAUUGAGCAUUUGAAGAGGAGAGGAAGGACGCUUCUUUACGUUCCUCCUAGUGUUUAUCUAACAGAGAGCUUCAAUCUUACUAGUAGAAUGACUCUGUAUCUAGCUAAAGGCACUGUUAUCCAAGCUACACAGGACACAACCAACUGA